UCUCAUAAAAUAUCGGAAUACAACCAACAUCUGAGGAAGCUUUGUGAUAUAAGGUUAACUAUUCUUAGAUAAAUGAAAAUACAACGUAAGAAAUAUGUCCAAAUGUGCAUAUAGUCACUGUGGAUUUACUAUCAGUUAUGCAUUAUAAACUGUGCAACAUUUCUUCUCCUAACAGUAUUGGAAACCGACAGAGAGAAAAAAAAAGGACAAUACGAUAGCAGUAUGUUUUUGUACGUAAAGUUUAUAAUGGAUAUAAUAAUACUGAUUUUGUGUUUAAUUGGAACAACUGUUUACGGUUGUAAAAAUCAUAACUUUUUAGGAUAUAAUACAUUAAAAGACUGGACUAAUUGUUCAUAUGAUGAGUUGAACCAGAUAAACAUAACGGAACAGCUUCCUGUCAAUCUAAAUAUGACCAAUGUGCACACUGAAGGGAAUGGAGAACAACAUAAACAGACUGGUAUAAGAGAUACUCGGAGUAUAUGGAAUAUAGGGAACGGAGACAGAGUACUGCAGCAACUAUCGCAUGGAAAACGUCAGGAAGGGCUGUCCCCGACAAAACAUAUUUGGUUAGAAUGGGGUCCUUCGUUCUGGGGUAUAAGUACAGGAACAGAAACAUUUCGUCAGUGUGAUGUACAUAACUGUAAUAUACUGCCAAGAAACCACCACAGUGCUGUUAAUGCUCGCUUAUUUUCUGAUGGUGUGAGUUUUCUUGAUUUGCAAGCAAUCAGGGCAAUCAAUAGGACGUCAUCUGAAAUCUGGAUAAUUCAUACAUUAGAAAGUCCCAUGGCAGCAAAUAAUUUCCAAACUUUAGAUAAUAUGUUUAACUGGACUGCUACCUACAGAACGGAUUCUACAAUAGUAACACCUUAUGCAAAGUGGACGUCUUUCAAGGACCAUAUCACUUCUGACCUCAGUAGAAUCAAUUAUGCAGAAAACAAAACAAAGAAAGUAGCAAUGUUUGUUUCUAAUUGUCAUACUUCAAACGACAGAUUGGUAUAUGCCGAGGAGUUGGCGAAAUACAUCCACGUUGAUAUUUAUGGCGAAUGUGGUUAUCUAAGUUGCUCUAAAAAAGACAAUGAACAUUGCAUGCACAUUUUAAGAAAGAAUUAUAAAUUUUACUUGGCAUUUGAAAAUAGCAAUUGCAGGGACUACAUUACUGAGAAAUUUUACACGAAUGCACUUCGAAAUAAUGUUUUGCCUGUUGUAAUGGGAGCACAUCCAGAUGAUUACAAAAGAUCAGCUCCUCAUCAUUCAUACAUACAUGUGGAAGAUUUCCAAUCUCCAAAACAUUUAGCAGAAUAUUUACAUACAUUAGACAAAAACGACCAAUUAUAUAAUCAGUAUUUCAAAUGGAAGGGAACCGGAUCGUUUAUAGAUACAAAGUUUUGGUGUAGACUAUGUGCAAUGUUAAAUGACCCCAAUAAACCUAAUUUAAUAGUAAGUGAACUGGACAGAUGGUGGCGCUCAGAACGAACUUGUAUACGUGCAGAUCAAAAGUGGAUUACAUAAUUCUUAUAAUAAACUAUUUCAAUUCUAAUGUCUUCCUGUCAAAAUCUUACAGCAAUAGCAUAAUGGUAUGAAUAUUGCUGUUGUGCAAAAAAGAGCUGUAUGUAUCCGUAGAUUUACUUAUGAAGACACCACACAUAUAUAUGUCAUAUGUAAUUUGGUCCAACAAUACUAUAUACAUGCACACACGGGAUUUUAAAAUGUACUUCUCUUAUCGAGAUUUUGAACCCAUGUUUGUUUGCAGAUCCCAUCACGGCAACUCCGCCUGCGUGGCUUGGAAUGUCAUUCGUUCAACAAGGCUUUCUAAUUAAUUUUAAACGAAAUAGUAAGAACAAACUAAAAACUACAUUGAAUGCAUGAAUUUAUCGAAAUCUCAUAGUAAAUGGUAAAAAUCACAGUUAUCGUGUGAUUAGUGUUGCCUUUUCUAAAUCAACCCCCAAUUACUCUACAAAAUAUGUUCAAAUAAGGACUUCGAAAAUAGUGGAAUUAAUUAUUUUUGGAGUGUCAAGAAUUCGUUGGAAGUACUUGAUAAAUUGCAUGCUUAUAUUGGUGAUUUUGAAUCUGUUCAAAGGUUUGAUUUUUCUACCCUGUAUACCACAUUGCCUCACAUUCUCAUAAAGAAAAAAUCACACACCUAAUUAAAUGGGCAUUUAAAAAGUCAGAAUGUGAAUAUAUAUGUUCAAACUCCUUUAGGACAUUUUUUAGUAGCAAUAAACAAAAAUUCUAUGUUAA